CGGUGGGCGGAGUCUGAGGACAUGGGUGGGGCGGGCAUUCCUGGAGACUCAUUUAGCCGCCCAGCCACUUCUUCCGCCGGGCCGAACUACAUUCCCCACAAUGCAAAGCGGGAGGCGGAGCGGAAGCCGGGAGUGAGAGGGGGCGGCCUGAGCUCUGUGCCUCGAUCCCGAACCUGCCCGGGGAGUCUUCAGCCUCCACGCCGGUACCUGUGCGUGUACCGCCAAGGGCGUCCGCGCCUCCGCACUGACCUGGACUGACGGACGGACGACGAGGAAGAGCUCCGGAGAGGGCAUCCGUCGGAGCCCUUUUACAGCUGGAGACAUCGAGGCCAGCAGGGAGGAAGGGCCAGUAAACCACAGAGCCAGGCCUUGAACCCGGGUCUUCUGCGGCCAGGUCUGGUGAGCCGGUGCCUCCACGUUCUGCCCCAAAGCAGAAAACUCCUGUGGGGUGGCUGGUGGUGGUUGCCUCUAUCAACAGUUGUGAAUGGCUCACAGAUGCUUUGGGGUUGGAUCUUUGUGUCUUUCACCCCAAGAAGAGAAUCAGAUCUGAGUGAGUUCCUGGGGUUCAAUUGUUCCUAGAGCCAUGGGAGCACCCUAAAUCCUGUGCCCAUCCCCCCUUCCUCCUCAGACCAGAGUAAGAGGAUUUUCCUGCCCCUGCCAUCUUCUGCAGGCCUCCCGCCUUCAGGUAGGCACGGAGGAGAAUACACUGGAGAAACUGCUGAUCUUGCUUCUUUAGGGAUCAGUUUUCCUUUUUUAGCCUCCCUUUAGAGGAUUCUGAGCUGUCCUACAAGUGUUUUGCUCCUGCGUCCUAGAUCCUGCCGGGUCCUAAAGGAGUCUCCAGCGUGGUUUACUUUGGAGACAGAGGCGGUACCCAAACUUGUGCAUAGAAUCCCCAGAGCCACCCAAGCGGACCAUGGUGAUCUCCGAGUUCCAAAGGAGAAUGUUUCUCGGAGUUGUACCAGUAUGGUGGUGAUGAUAACGCUUCGGACGGACUUCAGUUUAAGCAACUAAAGAGUUUUGUCCAGUACCCUGGGUUGAAGCAGUUCAUUAAUGGAAUAGGAGAUAAGGGACGGUGCAUUGACUGGGAGUUGGAAAGAAUUGUGCUCAAGAUGAACCAUCCAGGAGAUUAAAGGGGUUCCCCCCAAUCUAUUUUUCCAGUCAUUUUCUGGUGUCGCUUCCCAACUCUCCAGGCCAGCUCCAUCUGCUCCCUGCAUCCGGAAUGUUCCUGACAUUCUCCAGAAAAAACAUGUCCCAGAAACUGAGUUUGUUGUUGAUUAUAUUCGGCUUCAUCUGGGGGCUGCUUUUGCUUCACUACACGGUCCAACAUCCACGACGUCCGAGCAGUGUGGAGUUACGGGAACAGAUCCUGGACUUAAGCAAAAGAUACGUGAAAGCUUUGGCCGAGGAAAACAAGAGCCUCAUGGAUGGCGAGAAUGGGGCAUCUCUGGCAGGAUAUGCUGACUUGAAAAGAACCAUCGCCGUCCUCUUGGACGACAUUUUACAGCGCCUGGUGAAGCUGGAGAGCCGGGUGGACUACAUGGGGGUCGGCGACCCGGCCACCAACAUCACCAACGGCACCACCGGGAACCUCGUGCCAGGCCCUGCCAGUAAGAGGAUCAACGCGUCGGGCCACAUCAGAUAGCGCCCCAGCGCGCCCCGCGGGUCGCCGCUCCCCCCAGGAACGCUGCGGAAUCUGGCUGGAGGGGCUCUGGGAGCGCGGGGAUCUGUGGAGCCUUCCCUCCUGUACAUACCUUAGAGACGGCGACGGGCCCUUCCCAGGCUAGCCCGCUGGCGGGCGCAACACGGAGCUCUUGCGGGAGGCCAAGAGCCGGCGCGCGCGGCUUUAUUUAUUUCAUAGAAGUAGAUGUCUGGGACAGGCGGAUAGACUGUAGUUCAAGCCAGGCAUCGCCCAUACACGCGAGACGGACGCUGUUGGGAAGUGUCUGUUUGCCGUAUUCUGUUCUGUUGUCGAGAGAGACCAUGUGGAGAACGUUAAAACCACGACCCGGAGAAUGUCUUUAAUGCACUGUUUGCCGGAGUAUCGAGCAAGGAUUGCCGUAUAUCUAAACAUUUCCUUAAAACAGGAGCCGCUCCGUCCAGAGUGGGCGUCCAGACGCCAGCCGCAAAGCGGACUGACCUCCUCCUUAGAUUUAUCCUUAUCCACAGUCUAAGGAGAAAAGAAAUAGUCUAUAGCAGGAAGUUAAUAGUGAUUUAAAGGAAGAGUGAUGACUUCCAGAUGUGUGACUACUUCCAUCAUUUCUCUUUUCGUGCUUAACCCCUGGACAGGGUGUGCUAUCGGCAGGGCACACUGGCUCUUUAUUCUGGGCCCUCUUUUUUCUUGUACCGAAAUGGAAGGAAGGAAAUAGAAUCCAGUCAGUAGACGUGGGGGCUCCAGCCGAUGGUUGUUAUGCUCAGAGGGAGGGAUUCUGGGAAAAUGGGAAGUCAGGGAGUCGUCGGGUCCUCGGUGGACUGACCCUACUUCCGGGAGGGGACAAUCUGGAUUUAUGCAAUAGACACUUUAGGACUUCUUUGAAGUAGCAGCCUUUCAGGUAGAUCUUUUAGAGCAGAGGUGUCCAACACACUGCCCGAAUGAGAUGAAAAUGGGAUUGGGAAAUAGUUAACUAAAUCAAAGUGAAAUGCCGUAGAACAUAAACACGGGAAUACUUGAUUUUCUAGGUGAGUCUGUGCCCUUCUGUCUGCUUUCUAUUCAAGUUAGAAUUCCCAGGCUUAGAAGAUAAUUAUAUAAACUGAAUUUUGAAGAAUACUUUGGUGAUAGAAAGCAGAAGUCUUCAGCUGUUUUUCAUAGAAUCAGAGAAUGUAAAAUACAGAUGAGGAAACUGAGGCCCAGAGGGUAGAGUGACUUUGCUAGGAAGUAGUGUUGGUUUGCUAAGGAGGGAGCAAAUGUUCUUUUCCCUGGAGCUCUGAGAUUACCAGCGGCUGGUGAUGGGGUUCAGACAGGGAAGUCCUUGGGGACCCAGAGGGAGUUUUGACAAGACAGUUCUAAGGAGAGGAGGCAAGCUUCACUGUCACAAGCCUCACUGACCUCUGGAGGCAUCUCAGAGUGGAAGAAAGGGGACUGUGUUGGUGACAGUCCACUCCAUCCAGGAGUGCCUGAGCGGCUUCUCACAUAGGAUUUUGCCUCUGGAGCCAAGUAAACCUCCGUUUCACUUUCCUUUGUGUAAAUGGCCUACCUGUCUUGGUGAUGCCCUCUUUAUUUCCUCAUUUUUACCUUUUUCUAAAUUCCUCAGUUACAUGCCCUGGUCUUGGGUUUUGAAAUAAGUUUUGUGAGGUUGCAUUUGGGAAUACCCAUUCUUGCAAUUCACUGUUGUGUUGUACCAACUAUUGUAAUAUUUUACUAAAUGAAGAUGGAAAAUUUCAGGUGCUUUUCAUAUUCAGAAGUUGCUGUCUAAGUUCGUUCUUCUGUAGCCUCUCUAGAGGCUAAAGCUGUGUAAGUGAGGCUACGACGAUGGGGAAUGUGGAAUAGUUGGGGUUGUUGAACCUAAUUGUUUUUUUCAGGGAAAAAAUAAAAUAUUUGUACUUAUAAAAA